ACACAUCAUGUUAUUAUAAGUAUACAUUGAUAAACGCCAGUGGAGGGCCGGAAUUUUCUGUUUUCCAUAUAUGUCUAGAUUGGGAGUGUUUUAUCUCUGCCAUCCAUCAGCCUAUGUUAACUCAGUUGCUCAGUCCGUGGUUGUAGUGAUGUGCAACAGAUCAAUGAUGAGAAUUGUGUCUCUGUUGAGUCUCUUCUGGUCUCUGGUGGAGGUCCACUCUCAGACCUUUCCUUAUGUCUCCUUCAUGGGCCAAACUCUGGCCAACCAUUCCUAUGUGAACCUCGGUGAAGUGGGGAGACCUGAUCUUCCUGGUGGUGGUGAAGGUGUUCAGUGUAUCACUGACCUGACCACAUGUUGUACAAGUAUUGAUGGUCCUCAUCGUGGAGACUGGUAUUUCCCUGAUGGAACUAGACUGCUUUUCCCUGCACCUAAUGUUGAUAUCCAUGAGUUUCGUGUAACUCAGAGUGUAGAGCUACGCCGUAACACUAAUGCUAACUCACCAGUUGGUAUCUUUCGCUGUGAUAUUCCAACUAAUGCUGUCCAUGAUGUUACUGACAUCUCAGUGAGAGAUGCACCAGUCUAUGUGGGACUGUAUACUGCCACUGGAGGAGACAUCUCAAUAUCUGAAGGAGUGGCAUUUGACCCUAGCCAGCUGACCCUCACCUGUGUCUCCACUGGUGGACCUGCUACCACUGUCACUUGGACCAGAGGCAAUGUCAAUAUCACUGGAAAGCAAAACGAGACUGUGUUGAAUAACCCAGUGACUGCACAGUACACCCACACUCUGACUGUGACUACUGCAGGACAGUACACUUGUACCGUGGCUAAUAACAAGCCCUCUUCUGAUUCAGCUAGCACCUUUGUAUCAGGUCCCCCACCUCCCACUGAUGUGACAGCAGUCCAGGAUGGUCCCACUAGUAUCACAGUGACCUGGACUCCUCCCUCUCCACUGGGAGGUACCACUGGCUACAGGAUCUCCUUCACUGGAGGCAGUGAUGUGGAUAUUGAUGGUGGCUCUACCAACAGCUACACUCUGACUGGUCUCACCAAUGGACAGACCUACACCAUAUCCAUUGUAGCAAUAUCUGAACACCUCUUCAGUGAUGCCACCACAUUUCAAAUCACA